AUGGAGGACAGUGUAGACGCUCCAACACUCUCAGCAGAAGGAUUCGACAUUGACCGCGUUCCGGUCUCAUUCAAAGAAUUUUUAAAGGACAAUGAUAUCGAUCAUCGGAUCUACAGCAUUACACAACUUCCACGUUACGUCCGAUGGAACACACGUUAUCCCUUGGACGAAGUAUCGGUGCUUGAUCAACUGAAGAAGCAAUUAGACACAGAUAAUGUACACCAAGUGAAAGGAAUGAAGGGGUUUUUUGCCAUUGAUCUAGGUGGCAAACGGCUCGUGGAUAUACCUCUCUAUAAAGAACACAAGCUGUUUGGCAUUGAUCUCAGUUCGGCGAUCGCCGUGGAUGCACUGGAUAUUGAAAAGGACGAUCAAGUGCUGGAUUUGUGUUGUGCGCCGGGGGCAAAACUAUGCAUGAUUGCCAAUUUACUUCACGGCAAUGGAACUGCCACAGGGGUGGAUCUUGCUUCCCAUCGAUUAGCGACUUGUCGAUCGCUUUUGAAAAAAUACCGUGUGGGGGGAUAUGUGCGUCUGUUUGAAGCCGAUGGCACCCAAUUCGCGGUUCCUGCGCCUUCUCGAUUAGGCAAUGUGUUACUACACGAUGAUCAACCACCUCCAUCAAAACGGCAGAAAUCGCAAGAAUCCGUUCUUCAAAAGCCAUUUUGGGCACCAAAGAUUCUUCGUUUUGAUCCACAACUACCAAACAUAUUGUACGACAAGGUGCUGGUCGAUGCCGAGUGCACCCAUGACGGAUCCAUCAUCCAUAUUUUAAAGUAUGACAAGUGGGGAUGGGAUACAUUUGAGAAAAACUUUAUGGAUCCCAAUCGGAUACGAACUAUUUGUGAAUUGCAGCGCAACUUGAUGAAGCAAGGCUGGUCCAUGCUCAAAGAGAACGGCAUCAUGGUGUACAGUACCUGCUCGCUCACUAUCAAACAAAAUGAAGAGAAUGUGGCGUGGUUUUUGAGUCAACACAAAAAUGCGGUAUUGGAAACGAUUCCUUGCGUUGAAUCGCUCGACAUCCGAUUGGCAGCGAUCAAGCACGUUACGCAAGAGGCGGACAUUCAAGAUAGGAUCAACAAGCAUUGUGUCCGCUUUGAUCCGUUCAUCAGCAAAACCAGUGGAUUCUUUGUUGCUCGGUUUCGCAAAUCGCAUCAUAUUGUAACCACAUCAACUGCAUACACAGAACAUGAAUAA